GGAGACGGUCCACCGCCUGCUCGGUCGACCCCUCCCGCGUGCAUGUGGGCAGCGGCGGCGGCGGCACGCGGUGCGUGGUUCUGCGAGUGGAGUCUCAGCCGGGACCCAAGUGAAUGGCCCCCAGGGUCUGUGCGGGGCCUCCGCCUCCCUCGCCUCCUCGAGCCUGGGUCUGGCCGGGAAAAAUGCUAGCCGUGGGGGCGCUGGCAGCCUUCUGGGCGCUCAGCCUCCUGACCUACGGUUACCUAUCCAGGGGCCAGGGCUUGGAGGAGGAGGAGGAAGCGACCUUUCGAGCUCAGUCUGGAGAGAGACCGGAGCCCAGUACGACUGCCACCUCCCAACCCCAUCUCAUUUUCAUCCUAGCGGAUGAUCAGGGAUUUAGAGAUGUGGGUUACCACGGCUCGGAGAUCAAGACUCCCACUCUUGACAAGCUCGCUGCCGAAGGAGUUAAACUGGAGAACUACUAUGUCCAGCCUAUUUGCACACCGUCCAGGAGUCAGUUUAUUACUGGAAAGUAUCAGAUACACACCGGACUUCAACAUUCUAUCAUAAGACCUACCCAACCCAACUGUUUACCUCUGGACAAUGCAACCCUACCUCAGAAGCUGAAGGAGGUUGGCUAUUCAACACAUAUGGUUGGAAAAUGGCACUUGGGUUUUUAUAGAAAAGAAUGUAUGCCCACCAAGAGAGGAUUUGAUACCUUUUUUGGUUCCCUCUUGGGAAGUGGUGAUUACUACACACACUACAAAUGUGACAGUCCUGGAAUGUGUGGCUAUGACUUGUAUGAAAAUGACAAUGCUGCCUGGGACUAUGACAAUGGCAUCUACUCCACACAGAUGUACACUCAAAGAAUUCAGCAAAUCUUAGCUUCCCAUGACCCCAGAAAGCCUAUAUUUUUAUAUAUUGCCUACCAAGCUGUUCACUCACCACUGCAAGCCCCUGGCAGGUAUUUUGAACACUAUAGAUCCAUUAUCAACAUAAAUAGGCGGAGGUAUGCUGCCAUGCUUUCCUGCUUAGAUGAAGCAAUCAACAAUGUGACCCUGGCUCUGAAGACAUAUGGUUUCUAUAACAACAGCAUUAUCAUCUACUCUUCAGAUAAUGGCGGUCAGCCCACAGCAGGAGGAAGUAACUGGCCUCUCAGAGGUAGCAAAGGAACAUACUGGGAAGGGGGCAUUCGGGCAGUCGGCUUUGUGCAUAGUCCACUUCUGAAAAACAAGGGAACAGUGUGUAAGGAGCUUGUGCACAUCACUGACUGGUACCCCACUCUGAUUUCACUGGCUGAAGGACAAAUUGAUGAGGACAUUCAACUGGAUGGCUAUGAUGUCUGGGAAACCAUAAGUGAAGGCCUUCGUUCACCCCGGGUCGAUAUUUUGCAUAACAUUGACCCCAUUUAUACCAAGGCGAAAAAUGGCUCCUGGGCAGCAGGCUACGGGAUCUGGAACACCGCCAUCCAGUCAGCCAUCAGGGUGCAGCACUGGAAACUGCUUACAGGAAACCCUGGCUACAGUGACUGGGUUCCCCCUCAGUCUUUCAGCAACCUGGGGCCCAACCGGUGGCAUAACGAACGAAUUACCUUGUCGACUGGCAAAAGCGUAUGGCUCUUCAACAUCACAGCUGACCCAUAUGAGAGAGUGGACCUGUCUCACAGGUAUCCUGGAAUCGUGAAGCAGCUCCUACGGAGGCUGUCACAGUUCAACAAAACCGCAGUGCCUGUCAGGUACCCCCCCAAAGACCCCAGAAGUAACCCUCGGCUCAAUGGAGGAGUCUGGGGACCAUGGUAUAAAGAGGAAUACAAGAAAAAGAAGCCAAGCAAAAAGAAGGCUGAGAAAAAGCAGAAGAAAAGCAAGAAAAAGAAGAAACAGCAGAAAGCAGGUUCAUUUCCAAAUUGCCAUUCAGGUGUUUGUCAUUAUCAUGGAUAAGUACAUUUUUUCCAAAAUUGGUUAAACUUAAGUCAGUCUUAGUCUUUUAGCUGUUUUCUAGGUAAACCAGCAAAUCUGGCUCAAUAAUAUCACUGCCAUUAGCACCAGACUUAUUUUCAUGUCAUGGUCACAAGGAAAACAGGUCUAUUCGGUGCCAAAGGUGCUACCAUUGCAAGCCACACUUGGAGGAGGAUAGAGACGUUUAUUCCUUUUGCUCCUUUAUGAAAGUGCUCAUUAAGGAUUUCAGCUGUUGUGCUUCAGUCAAGGGACCAAACAUUUGCUUUCAACUGCAAUCAAUGAGUAUGUUAAUUUGAUGGAAGUUACAGGGUAGUGUGAUGAAAACUACUUUUGAGUAGUUUUGAGGUUGCCUCGCCUCAAAAGGCCUUGAAAAAUAUUUUUUCUUAGUGAAUUAUUGUAUCUCUAUCUUAUGAUACUUGGUUUUUCUAAAUUAAUUCCAUUUCAUGUAUCAUUUCCUUUCCUGUGAAAAUAAGCUGUUUCCUCCCAUGUAAACAGCUUGCACCUCAUUUUAUCACGCAUGAGGGAAUGGCAAAUAAGAAUGUUUGAGCACACUGCCAAAACGUGAAUGUAACUAUUUUCUAAACACUUUAACAGAAUGACAUUUCAACAUAAAGUACAUAAUUUAUUUUACAGAAAAAAAUAUUGUUUUCAUAAAGUUAUGCAAAUGACUUUUAUUUUUAUUUUC